ACGGGCAUCAAUACAGAUUACUACCUCACCAGGAGAGAAUAUAAUAAAUACUCCUCGAUCUACUGGACAAAGCAUUAAUAUUAAUAACGAUCAAGCGAAUCAGCAAAUAUUGAGCAGAGCGCAAGCGAACUUCAGGACUCAGGAUGGAGGACUCGGAAAAUGCUCCCCAUAACUGUGAUGAUGUUUUGUCGAAUGCGGAAAAUGAAGUCAAUGGAAAUAUUGAUGCUAGUCAAAUAGGCUCCACUUUGGAUAACGUACAGAUGACAGAGCUUUGUUCAACUGAAAACACUGCUUUGAUCGAUAAGGAAGGAAAUGAAGUCGAUUCUGGUCCACUCCUGGUGGUAGAAGAUUACGAACUCUCCAACUAUUCCCCUGAUGAUUCCGAGGAAUAUGACGACGCCAGAAGGGAUGAGUUUAGACAAAGCGAUGAACAAGCCAUAGCCAAAGCGAUUUUAAAGAAGGCAAAAAAUUUCGACCGUGAUGCAUUACCCAAAUCAAAAUUCCGAAUAUAUCCUGACGAAUAUGUUCAUCACGAAGAACUUUAUGAAUGGGAGAAAGAAUCUAAUAAAUGUGAGGAUGAAGAAGCACUUAAAGGAUACUGUGAUAUUGCAUGGGCAGUUUUGAAAGACGACGCUGAAAAUAUGAAAAAGUUUAUUGUGCCUGUAUCACCCUUGUCGGAGAGGUCAAUUCAGUGUCGUAUAUUGCAAGCAGCGGAGCAAAACAGUCUAAAAUGCUUAGAGGUACUUUGUGAGAUGUAUGAAAAGGCAGUGUCAGCCGAAUACUGUCUAUUUCGUCCGUGCAUUUGUUUCACUUCUGGAGUCCUCAUCGAACGACCUAAAGAGACAGCGCUACACGUCCUUGCAGCAAAAACAACGUCAGUGACAGUGGAAGCAAUUCUUGAAGUUUUCGAGAGGAAACAAAAAUUUCUGAAUGAUUUUUCUGACUUCCCCGACGGCCAUGGAUCAACUCCACUUCUUGUCGCAAUAAAACACAACAAUAUGGAUGUGGUUAAGCGAUUGCUUAGAACAGAACCCCGUGUAGACAAAAUAAAUGAUGAUAGCGAAUCCCCCAUUCUUUUAGCAGCUCUGAACGACUAUGCUGUUGUCAUAAAAGAAAUGCUGGAAACCUAUCGUGAAUCCCAAGAAAGGUCUGAACUUCUGGAGAUUAUGAAAUGCAUCGAUGAUAGACAACAUUCAAUCCUUUACCCAGCCUCCCUCAGUGGGAAGUCUAAGGUACUAAACUUGAUUAUGAAAGAGACCGACUGGGGAGAAUUUCUAGACCAAGAGCAGACAGUGACUGAGGAUUGGAAUGAGUUUGUUGGAAAUGUUUGUGCUGCUGGUUGUGAAAAACUGGCGAGAGAAUGUUUUAAACGCGAUUCUGGUCUUCUUGGGAAAGGAGGGGAACCAAAGGUCACACCUUUAAUGAGGGCAGCCAAGGCAAAUCAAGAAAGAAUCGUUCGGCUAAUCUUUGAGAUGAAACCUUCUGAUGAACUGUUUAAUAUUUGUGAUAAAUAUAAGAGGAAUGUUUUUCACUAUGCUGUGGGGAAUGUUGAUGCUCUUCGACACCUUGUUCUCCAGGCCCUAACGUUGGAUGAAUGUGAAGCUAUUAGGAAUCCUAAUGGCAGAUUUCAAUGUAACCCAAUAAAGUUCGCAACUAUAAUGAAACAGAAAGAGAGUCUUGCGUUGCUCGUAAAUAUCGCAAAAUUCGAGAUGUUCAGAGAAGGUAUCGUUAAUCAUGUGGACAUCGAGAUUUUAAAGCAGAGUCUUGAUGUGAUGAAAAGACUGGAUCCCAAUGGCGUAAUAGAUUUGCUACAUGGGUACAUCAAAGAUAACCAGCCGUUCUUAUCAGCAGCUCGCCAUGGUAACGUCGAGCUAAUGAAGUUCCUAUUGCAAAAAGGAGCGGAUCCCUCACAAAUAUGGCCUGGAUCUUACCAAACGGCCGUUCAUCUCGCAGUAAUGUCUGGAAAGCUUGAAGCUGUGGAGUACUUGCUUGAGCAGGACAAAUUCUUGGAAAUGAUUGAUCGUGCAGAUUGUUCAGGGAUCACUGCAGCUGUUUAUGCAACACAGUUUAAUCGUGUAGAAAUUUUAAAAUAUUUGUUAAAGAAGAAUGCGCAGAUUAAAAGUGGUGGGAGACAGCAAAGCAAUAUUCUGGAUUCUGUAUACCACUUUAAAAUGUCUGAGGAAUCGAUGAAAAAAUUUUUUAUGUUUUGUUUAAAACAUGAGAAUCCGAGACUUCUUUACGAGUUGUUCGAAGACUCGCGUAAUGAUCCGGACGACAUUAUGGCAGAGAUUGUCCGCAAAACACCCGACAUCGCAUUUCUAAUCCUUGAUCGCUGUAUUGAAAAGAAAAAUUUUUGUUUGUUUCGGGUGUUCACCUACUGGUUUUUUCCAUUCAUAGGAAUCAGUAAUAAAAAGAAGCUUCAAGCUUUAGAACGCAUGACAGAAAGCCCAAAUGCAGACAAGUUUUUGCGCCAUCCUCUGGUUGUAAAGUUCUUAAAUAGGCGGAUGUAUUCUUCGAGCAUUCAAAAGUGGUUCCUGUUGAGUUUUUUUAUUUAUACCAUGUUUCUGAUUACUUUAACAACAUAUGGCGCCAUCCAAAGUGGAGGUUUGCACGGUUUAAAAUCACCUGGGAUGAUAGCACUCUCCGUCAUUAUUCUCAUUUUAUGCGGAUUGCAUUUAGUAAAAGAAAUAUCUCAGAUGAUUGCAUAUGGAAUGGAUUAUAUGCGGGAUUUGGAAAAUAUCUUCGAGUUGACAAUUUUUAUUUCCGCAGUAAUUUAUGUUGUUCCUGGAGGGGACAAAAAAAACGACGGACAGAUCAUAGCUGGAGCUAUUUCAAUAUUUCUUGCGUGGGUCAACUUCUCCCAGUUCUUGAAAACACUUUUUAAUUUUGGAGUCUACAUCUUCAUGGCAAUUAGAGUAUUUGAAACCGUUUGCAUGGUGUUGCCAAUGGUGAUAUUAUUUCUCGUGGGAUUUUCAUUAUCGUUUUCGUUGAUCAUGCAUCAAGAUGCAGGUUUCACUGAUAUCCCUACGUCGUUUUUGACAACACUUGUCAUGAUGACGGGUGAAUUGGAUUAUAGCGACACGUUCCUUGCAAAUGGAUCACUUCAUGCCGUGCAAAAAAUAUUUCUUGUACUGUUUAUCCUGAUGAUUUCCAUUGCUAUAAUGAAUUUAUUUACCGGUGUUGCUGUGGGUGACGUUAAGGAGAUGUUAAUGAAAUCGAAAGAAAGAAGAAGAAUAAAUAAGGCUAAACUUGUCAUAAAACUGGAAAGAGGCCUUUCUUUCUUCUCAAUCCGGAAAUUUAACCCUGAAUGUGAAUGUGAAUGGAGGAUCAUGGAAUCAUUCGACAGGAUAGAUAAUUUACAAAGGAGGGAAGAGAGGCACCCGUCGUUGUUAACGUGGAUAUGGGAACAGACUUUUCCUGAUGACGAAGAUGAAACAAUGAAGCAUGAAGAAGAGCAAAGAAAACAGUUUUGUGAGUUGAAGGAGGAAUUUGGGCAAGCGAAAGAAUCGAUAAAAGAAAAAAUAGAUAAAACCCACAAAUUGGUCGAAGAAAAAUUAAUAGCUAUGGAAAUGAUGAUCAAAAAAAUAUUGCCGGAGACAGAGCCAGACGGGUCUUCUUAGCUCAAAUUAGCGUUAGUGGCAUAAAAACGUGUGAACUUUAAAACUACAGACGAUUAGAAAGUCUUGAGCUUAUGAAACUAUAGGUAUGGGUGCACACUUUAACGUAAUGUUUCGUUUUACAAGUCAUGCAUGUGUGUUAGUUUUGACUGUAUCGACACCUUAAUUGUCAAUGUGGCGACAUGCAAGCAACGACAAAACGGCGGAAAUAUUUAUAGGUCAGUGUUGUGGCCUUCCUGUUUUGCUUCCGAUGUAACAAUUGUUUCGAAGUCUCUAUGAACCAGGCUUCAAUGCAAUUCCGAUUUCAAAGUGGUGAAAGGAGAUUAUGCAUAUUAUUAAUUUCUUUCGUAAGUGAUUUAUGACUUACUAUUUUCCGAUUUCACAAUUUGUAUUUAUAAUAUUACAAUAAAACACAGCGAAUUGUCACAUCCUCGUGCAUUGAAGUAAAGCAUUGGAGCAAGGCUAUAACAGCAGUUAAUCUAAAGGGUGCUUAAAAGUCAACACUUAAUAUUAAAAAAUGUUCCGUUUGUGAGCUGCACAAUUAGAAGUAGUACUAAUUGCUAUUGUACUUAAUACCAACAAGUAUGAAUUUUAGGUGUUGCCUUUUUUAUACACCCUGUAAACGUGAAAAUAUACCCUGUCUCUGGUAUUCCAUCGUGUGUGUAGAAGUUCAAGUAAGGUAUAGAAAACAUUAAUUUUCAAUGCAUUGGGGCCAAAAGUAUUUCUCAUUGUUGUAAUAUAAGCAUGUUGACAACAACCAGAAGCUUUUAUUUUGCGCCAAGAUACGCACUAACAUUAAAUAACAUACACUAAAAGGAGAUUAGACAAUAACAUAACAUCUCCCCACUAAAGGAAUGUACAAUGUAGCGAAGCGAAUAUUGUUCAGCGAUAGCAAAUAUUGUUCAGCGAUAGCAAAUAUUGUUCAGCGAUAGCAAAUUUUGUUCCGUGAUAUCUUACGGGUUUAUUUACAACUCGUCCGGAUCUUGUUGAGUACUUGAUCUGGGCAGGCCCU